UGCACGUGGGAGCACAAUGGGACGGUUCUCAACACUUCUGCAUCCAGGAGACUAAAGAUCCAAGCUCCCUCUGCCUCGCAUCCUCCUCAGAUCAACCUGCCUAGAAACGGAAGCACAGAGACCACUGACCUGUACACCACUAAGAAGUUGAGGUGUGAAGCGUUUUGUGGGCAGAACAUUGAAGACAACUGUCACGUGUGGUGGGAGAUAAAUGGAAUGAAAGUGGGCUCGCAGCAGCAAGGCUACUCGGUGAACACCACCAGCGAUGUGGAGGUAUCUUCAAUGCGGAGUAUCUUCACAGCUAUCCUGACCAUAAACACAGUGACUAUGAGGGACCUCCAGUCAAAGUUCACAUGUGUUGCAAUGAACGACCAGAAAUGGGAUUAUGCAGUGGUUACUCUCAAGCUAAGACGGUUUAUGUUUAUGGGUCUAUGUGUGGUGCUACUGCUCUUCUUCUUGCUAGCUGCUGUGGCCAUCAAAGUCUUUGACAUCGAUCUGGCACUCCUCUUCCGUGGAGUUUUCAAAUGCUGUGGUCGAUCUGAGGAUGGGAAGGUAUAUGAUGCUUACGUUGUCUACCAGAUGGAUGGCGUAGACAAGGAAAGGGAGGAGAAAGUGUAUCACUUUGUGAGCAUUGUUCUGCCCACUGUCCUGGAGCAGAAGUGUGGCUUUAGACUUUUCAUCCACGGCAGAGACGACUUACCUGGAGAAGACCGCUUGGAGUUGGUGGAGGCCUGCAUGCAGCUGAGCAGGAGGCUCAUUGUCAUCCUGACCCCCAGCUCAAGCACAUUGUCAGGCUCAGGAGGUCAAGGGUCAUGUGGCUACACGUCUUUGUUGACCACAGCGGAGGACUAUGAGUGUCAGGUGGGGCUCUACCAGGCUCUGGUCCACAGUGAGAUGAACGUCAUCCUCAUCCAGCUGGGGGACAUGGGGGAGGGUGGCUACACACACCUACCCCCCGGCCUGCAGCACCUGGUCCGCAAGAAUGCCCCCUUAAUGUGGCAUGAGGGAAGGCGUGGGUCGAUGCUGCCCAACUCAAGCUUCUGGAAGAGGGUGCGUUACAUGAUGCCUUGGCCACGCCACUCGACUAGUUUUGACAACCAGUUCAUAUGACUGUUCUAUGUGAAC